UUGUUAGAAUCUGAUAUUAAAGAGAUUAGAGAGUCAAGAGGUAAGAUACCUAAUGCAUCAAAAAAAAUGGCUGAAAAAUUCCAUAUUGGUGCUCGGCGUGUUUAUGAAAUAUGGAAUAAUAAAGUAUCAUCUAUAUCCCUUCCGGCUACAGAGAUUCCAAGAAAGAAUGGUCGAAAAAAGAAGGUUAAAAUAGAUGAGAAGCUGGUUAUUGGAACAACCAGUAUGGUGGAAAAAAAUAACAAAAAUGGUGUAGUCUCUGAUAAUUCGUCUGAUACAUCCCAAGAAGAUAGGGCGGAAUCUCUUCUUAAAAAUCUAGUUAAUCGUGGUGAAAAGCUUAAGG